AUAGUUGAUACGAUGGGAAGGCACUGGAAUAUUGACUGGGCAUGAUUUUUUCGUAUGCUAUUUCCCCUUGGAAGGAGUUAUCCUCACACACCCUAUAUAUUCGCUUAUAUGGUUGACAGGCACGAAUAUUGACUGUGAUAUUUCAGCAAUGAGUACGACGCCUUGGACACGCAAAGAGUACUGUUGCCGUUUUGCAGGGAAGAUUAUUCUUCACUUAUCAAAUGUUGAUGGGUUACUGGAGUAUCCUACUAUAUAAUCUCUGAGGGAUGGGUUCUUCUCCCUUCUCUCCUCAGCUCUAUACGCUCAAGGCUGAGUAUAAUAGCAGCAUUUCACCCAAAGUCACAAUGCGAUUCUGGAACUUGAAUGCUUUUGUCCCAAUCGUUCUAAUUCCGAUCGUUGCAGCAACUUUCCACAGUGGCUUGGUCGCUUGCUACAUAGGUGAUGAUUGGCAAACUGCAAAUAAUACUGUAUUCUUUACGGGUAUUUUUCCCGAGAACCAAAACACUUGCCAGGAUACAUCGAACCCGAAUUCCUUGUUCUAUCAGCAGCAGAAGAAUAACACCAACUCGACCACAGUGAUCGCGAGCCCUUGCGGCUCUACCAUUACGUUGGAUGGUCAUGAGUGGACCAGCUCGGAUGGAAGAUUUGGCCAGUGUACCCAGCAAAUCGCUAAUGGGAAGCCGGUCCCUUAUGUGCUCAAACCUUGCCAGAACGCGAACGGGAAAUGCAACUACUUCGAUACGUGGACCUGCAUAACGGACUUGUGCAACCCAUAAGGAUCGAUGUGAGCCACCAACUGUGGUAAAAUACGCUCAAAACGGUCAUCGCCAUUUUCAACAAACUUCGAAAUUCAGAAAUCGCGUUUUAGAGUACUCGUGCACCGGAAAUGGGGACUGUGGUGUUGGAUGACCGAGGACGCACGGGCCAUGACCUUGCCGUGAUUGCCAGCAUACAUUCUCGCCCCUUGACAACCGCUCAUUGUCUAGUGUUAUCAUUUAUUAAUUAUCAAUUUCUCCUCAUGUCUUACAGUUGUCGUUACAGUUGGUAUCCCUGCUGAGCUAUGACGGACUCAUGACGAGUACUAGCAUCUCUGGCUUUGGGGGAGGGGUAGCCUAUGGUAAUUGGCAGAACAAAUCCGAAGCAAAUAAGACUCCUGCCGGUUAUUGUAAGCGAUGGUGUCUGGUCUCAAUGGGAGAGUCCUCGCGAAG